AAUGAAUUCAGUGACACUCUCAGUGAACGGGACGCAGCGGCGCUUUUCCCUUCUCGGUUUGGGAAGGAAGGACUCACUAAAGCCGGUGCAGCAUGUGAAAGUCCAGCACAGGCGACUUUCUCCUCUUUUCUUUUUACACAUUUCGCAGCCAGUCUCUGACAUCAAGCAAUUCAACCGCACCGAUUUCUCCACUGAAAUGCCGUCAUGCCACGCGUGAGUGUCAGCUGGAUUAUUACGGUGCUCGCGGUGGAGCUCGCGACACUGUCCGCCGCGCACGCUCACAGCUGUCACGAGGUGAAAACGGCGUUUCAGGUGCGUCAGAUCGGCCAGCUGAAAUGGGUGCCGGAAACACCUGCUACAGAUGUGGACCUGUCUAUAUGCAAGCACGCUGGGCCGUCAUGUUGUACGAGAAGAAUGGAAGAAAGCUACAGAACAGCAGUCCUGAGAGACACCACUCAGAGCAUCAGAUCAUACAGCUUUGAGCUGAAAUAUCUCAUUUCUGCACAUAUCACCGCCUUUCAGGAUACGUUCCAGUCUCUAAUCAUCUUCUCUCAGAAUCACCUGACCUCUUUGUUCGAGACCACGUACUCUUCUCUCAUGUCGUCCAUCUCCCCUCACAUCGUCUGCCUCUUCACGGACCUUUCUCGCUUCCUCCAGGGCACCGGCAACGUUUCUGUUGAAGCUGCCGUCCACUGUUUCUUCGACAGUCUCUUCCCAUUGGUCCACACUCGUAUUGUCAAUCCCGGCAUGGCUUUGAGCAUCAGCGAGGACUCUUCUGAUGCAAACCAGCUCGGCGACUGUCUCCGCAUGACGAGGCAGGACGUUAACCCCUUUGGGCCGCACCCAAAGGCAAUGGCAGAUUCGCUUGCGAGCGCGUUGCGGGCAGGCCGGGUGCUCAGCCUGGCGCUCGGCGUGGGUUUGGAAGUGAUGAACGUUACGGAUUCGGAGGAGCUGUCCCGGGAAUGCAGUCGCGCUUUGGUGCGCAUGCAUUAUUGCUCUCAUUGCCGCGGACUCACCCUGAUCCGGGCGUGCAGCGGCUACUGUCUAAAUGUCAUGCGCGGGUGCCUUGCCAGCCUCUCGGAGCUCCACAAUCCUUGGAGACAAUACGUCACCGUGCUCCGGGAUCUCACACACAUCGUUGCCGGAGAACACAACCUGGAGCUUGCUUUGCUGGGGAUCAGAGGUCAGGUUGAGGAGGCCAUACUCUACGCUCAGCUCCACGGGCCCAGGAUAACUGCUACGGUGGAUAAGGUAUGUGGUCACUCUUCGAAUGCUUCUUCAACCACAGUCAGGACGUUUCCUCCGACUUCAGUCACGCCUCCACCUGCCAACAGCUCGCAGGACGUUCCAGGAGCCGAUAAGAUCGGCAUGUUGGCGCACCUUCACAGUUCACUCCCACUGAAAACCUCCAAGACCGAUAGAAGUAGAACUCUGAAAAAGGUUGCACGGGAGUUUAUGGGGUAUAUCUCCCGGUAUAAGUCUUUCUUCUCCAUACUUCCGGAGACGUUAUGUGAGGGAGAGAUGGGCGUUGAUGAGCUCACGUGUUGGAGUGGAGAUGACGUAGUCAAAAGUUAUACUGCAAGAGUGGUUGGUAAUGGAGUUCGGGCUCAAAGACAGAAUCCAGAAGUAAGGGUCAGAGGUGCUGACCCUGUGCUUAUGGAUGUCAAAAACAAACUUGAACUCUUCAACAUGGAAAUCCAAGAGAUCAUGCCUGGUGUGGGUCACAGGGAGUCCUGGGAUGAGACAGGAAGUGGAGAGAGCAGCGGUGAAUGUGACGAUGAGGACGGUUGUGAAGGUUCUGGAAAGUCUGUGGCGUCUCCCACCCUCACAGAAGCUGAUGUAUCCAAAAAAGCAGCGAAGGUCCCCUUCCACGACUCGCCCAUCACUCAGAACACAUCUCCAUCGGAUGCUUCUUUUUCCAUGGCCAGCUUCAUCGUCAUCAUUCUCGCUCUGGGGCUGCACUGGCUUUUUAUCUGAAAGGCCACAAACGCAUACACACGCAGUGAUCAUACACACACACACACACGGGUGAACAUCAUGAAGAAAUGUCAGGGUCUUAUUUCACCCAAAAAACCAAAAGAAAAUGAUUAAUUUCUCUAAUUUGACAUUAUUUAAUUUACAACUGAAUAAUUUAUUUGUGGUUUAGCCAUUACUCUGUUCUUCAGUGUCACAUGGUCAUUCAGAAAUCAUUCUAUUAUUCUGAAUUAUAAGUGUUGGAAACAACAACAAUAAUAGAUUUUUAACAAUAUGCACUAUUUCCGAAAAUCCGUGGACAGUAUGCUAUUUUUUUUACCAGUUAAACUGAUAAAAAAUGUGUUAGUGAAGACAUUGUUAUAAAAGAUUUCUAUAUAUAAAUGCUGCUAUUUAACAUUUUUUUCAUCAUGAAUCCACACGUGUCGGAAAUAUUAAGCACUAAACUCAGCGAUUUUAAAUUGGCAAAGAUUUUUUCAAUGAAUUAAGAUGAAUUAGUUCGAUUAAGUUAUAAUCAGACGAUUGGUGAUGGCACCUCUUCAAAUGAUGAACGAUAUGCUACAUAUUACUAAUAAGAAGCAGGAUCACUGUAAAAUCUGAAUACCUGUUUUAGAUUUUUAGAAGUUAUAGUCUUUAAUAAAAUAUUAAUCAUAGUGAAGGUCUCUUUUACUCCUUAGAAGUGCUCACGUACCUAUUGAACAGCUUUACAGCUCAGAGUGAUUUAAUAUUCUAUAAUUUUGCAGCUAGGUCUAUAUGGCUUGUAUGAUCGAGUGUAAUUACUGUAUCUAAAUAAAUCCCGCACACGGAUAAGAAUUCACACACAUAAAAUGAGGGUGUGGAUACAUAAAUAAUUGGAUUUCUAAUAUCUGCUGUCACAUGGACAAAUAAAUUAUUGAUGAUAGAUUAGAGUGAUAUCUGAAGGAUCACGUGAUACUAAGGACUGGAGUCAUAACUAGUUCAAAUUCAGCUUUGCCCCAACAGGAAUAAACUAUAUUUCAAUGUAUAUUAAAACAAAAAAUGUGUUAUUUUAAAUCUAAACAAUAAUUUUAAUUAAUUAAUUAAUUUUAAUUAAUUUUGUAUCAAAUAAAUGCAGCCCUGAUGAUUAAAAAAUCAUCACAAUGUCAUUGUAGCAAUUUUUUUUUUCAAUGCAGGGUACUAAGAAUUAGUGGAGGGCAUUGUUUAAUUUUUUUAAUAAAUUACAUAUAUAUAUAUAUAUGUGUGUGCAAACACAUUUUUUUAGUUCAUUUCCUGUCAGUUCAUAUGAGUUCACCCAAACUGUACCCCUAAAUAUUCACAUUGCAAGGUCGAUUCAUUAUGUUCACAGCCCCAUUUUGUGGAAGACUCCAGCAGGAAGCCUGGCUUUGCCUCAGACUUCUAAUAUCAGGACAAAACUCUUAUCAUAACUGACUGGGACUGUGGAAUGCAUGACAAAAUAUGUGCAUCUGUGGAAACAUCUCCCGUGACCACACAACAAAAGGAAAACAGAAUCUGUCUGCAUAGUAAGCAAAGGAUUUUACCAUCAUAAACACACACACACACAGAGAGUAUAACUGAAUGAAACUAUGAAUGAUAUGCACAUUGUACUAUGUAUAUAGUUUGAACUGGCGCUGAAUUUAUAGGACAACGAAUGUUUAAGUGUCACACAAACCUUUUUUUUUUUAAGAUUUCUUCAGCUCUGACUGAAACCCACACAAACACAUAGUUAUGAUGACAUACAGUACAUCUUACAAAAUAUUGGCAAUGUUGCUGUUACCUGUUUGCACGACUUUCAUAGAUUUAAAGGGCUCAAAGCAUCCCUUUAUUACUUAACGUUUUUUUUUUUUAAUUCCUGCAUUUAGCUUCCAAGUGCACAGCUUUUAUAAGAAAACAUACUUUUAACUUAAAAAUAAUAGUUUAUUAAACAUAUUUGAAAUAUACCGUGUCAUUUGGAGUAUACCAUGUCAGUGUCAUGAGGUUCAUAUUUACUGAAUUACAUAUUUAAAAUUGCACUAAAUUUGCUUUAUUCUAAAAAAAAAAAAAAAAGUUUUUUUUUUCCCUCAAAAGUGUGGUACAGUUUUGCGUGAAUGUUGUCAUGUUUAAUGAAAAAGGAAAAAAAGAAAAAAAUCACAGAUAUGCAGAAUGCCUUUCUUUUAUAAAAAAUGAACUUAAAGCAAAGCAAUGCAAGAUGUUUAGAGAUACCAAAUAUUUUCUAUAAUAGCUUCUUUAGCGAUCUGUUCAUAGCAACAUAAAAACAUUUAUUUCCUAUUAUAUGUUAACAUUUAAGAGUCAGUAUUAAAACAUUGCUAUAGUUCUUACACAGAAGCAAAGAGGGUCUAAUGAGUCUGUAAACAUUUUUAAUGUUUAUGCGUUUUCUUUUUGUUGUUGUUGUUGUAGUUGCUGUGUCUGAUUGCACAUGAAUUGCUACAUUUGAUUUGCCUCAUGUAUCUCUGAUGUUGGUUCUAUAAUGUUUUUAUAUGAACGUUCACGAAUCUUCAUACAUUCGUACAUUUGCAGGCCGUCCAUUUCUCCUCCGAUAACAUGCAUACAACUACAGGGUGCGAAUUACAGGGGUUUAAAGCCCACAAAUUAGAGACAGGACGAGUCUCAGGAUGAGCGGUUGCUUUUAUCUGAUUGGUUUCUAUUAGGUCCAGUUUGGGGUUGUACUUUGGCAUGUCAUGUCAUUAUCACUUCAUUAUAACACAUAUCGCAAAUGUGUCAAAAAGUUUCUAAUUUCCUUUAAACAGGUUUUAUUAUAGUAAACUGCUGUCUAAUAUCUUCUGCAAUAUCAGUGGGGUUGCAUGAUAAUUUUAGAAUAAUCCAAAAAAAAUGCAAAACUUUUAUUAUUUAAUCACCUUCACCCUUGUUAAAAAAAUGCAGAAUAAAGUUUCGAAAGACAUCAGGGUCAAUACAUGACAAGAUUUCCAUUUUGGGGUGAAUUGUUUCUUUAAUAUUGCACUCUACAAUGUAUCUAUAAAGAUUCCUUUAUUUAAAAAUAAAUGCUGUUGAAGGUCUGUAGUUCGCACCCUGAAUAGUUACUCAAUGCCAUGCAAAGCCAAUGUUUUUUUACAUUUAAUGUUUGUUCCAAACUGUCAUUUCUGAGUAUGACUGUAAAAUGGAUUGUGAUUACAGCUUGUUUGCUGUGUUUUUAAUUUUCAUUUUCAUUUUUUUUUUCGUUCAUGGUUUGCUUGGUACAGUUGAACACGUAUGGCUCAGCGAAUGAAGCUACUGAAAAACUAUCAAAUAUACACAGCGCAUAUAAAAAGUUGGUUAAACUGGUUAACUAAAGCUAAUAAAAUGAUUCUCUGCUCAA